AAAAAAAAAAAAACAAACAAAACUAUAAUAAUAAUUAUUAUUAAAACUAAAAUAAAUAAAUAAACAAAUUAACGAUUAUUUAUAUUACCACAAAAUUUUAAUUGAUACAUUGUACAGUUAAGUUUUAUUUCAAGAAAGUCAAUUCUAAUUGAAUAUAAAUAUUAUUUUUCUACACUUAUUCAUGACGUCAUUCGAUCAUGCCAUGUUUACAAAAAAUUAUUCUAGAAUCUAGACUUUGUCAGGGCUACACGUCUGUAUGUACACGUCAGUAAAAAUUAAAAAACAACAAUUUGACUUUUGGAUUUUAACAAACAUAAAAUUUGUGCAUAUAUAAUUUUUAUUAAUUAAUAAUUAAAUUUACUUCAGUGUUGAGUAUUAUUCUAUUAUUUAUAAAAAAGAAUUUAUAAAAAAAAAAUUUAAAAAUAAUAGACAACAAAUAAAAUGUCAGACAUCAAAGAAUGGAUAAAUUCAUUACCAAUAUUUACACGAUAUUGGCUACUAAGUACAAUUGGUCUAACAUUAAUUGGAAGAUUUGGUUUAUUAUCACCAAGUGCAUUGAUAUUAUUGUAUGAUAGAUUUAUUCAUAAUUUCGAAAUAUGGCGUGCUUUAACAAGUUUAUUUUAUUAUCCAUUAAAUCAAUCAACCGGUUUUCAUUUUAUGAUAAAUUGUUAUUUUUUAUAUCGUUAUUCUGUUAAACUUGAACGUGGUGAAUUUGAAGGAAGACCAGCUGAUUAUUGUUUCAUGUUACUAUUCAAUUGGCUAUGUUGUGUUGUCAUUGGAUUAAUUGGUAAUUUACCAUUAUUGAUGGAUCCAAUGGUACUAAGUGUACUCUAUGUUUGGUGUCAACUUAAUCAAGAUGUCAUUGUCAACUUUUGGUUUGGUACACAAUUUAAAGCUAUGUAUCUUCCUUGGGUACUUUGUGGAUUUAAUCUUGUUAUUUCUGGUGGUGGAAUGAUGGAACUUAUUGGUAUUCUUGUUGGUCAUCUUUAUUUCUUUCUUAAAUUUAAAUAUCCACAAGAGUAUGAUGGUCCAGAACUUUUACAAACACCAAAAUUUAUUGAAAGCUAUUUUCCACCAUACAGAGUCAAUGUUCAUGGUUAUUCAAAUACAUAUGAACAACGUCCAACACAAACAGCACCAGGAAGAAAUAUUUUUGGUGGACAUUACUGGGGUCAAGGACAAACACUAGGUCAAUAAGCAUUUUGCUUCCUUAAUUUUAAUAUUGUUGUUUUUUUUUUUUUUGAUAAAUUAUACUUCAAGUGGAACAAUAAAAUUCUAAAAAAAUAAUAAAU